AUGGGCUCCUCCGAAGACAUCUCCGACCACUCCACCCACAAGGCCAUGGAGCCUUACGGCGAGAAGCAGGGCGAGGUGAACCCGCCGCCCGUCUACGAUGGCGAUAUGAUCGGUGAGAUCAGUGAGCGUGAACAGCAUAUCUACGAGCACGGUGUGCAAAAAUUCAAUCGUCUGGGUUGGAAGCGUCUCACCAUUGUCCUCAUCGUCGAGGCCAUUGCCCUCGGAAGUUUGUCGAUUCCUUCCACUUUCGCAACCUUGGGCAUGGUCGCGGGCAUCAUCUGUACCGUGGGCAUCGGCUUUGUUGCCAUAUACACCAGUUACCUGGUCGGUCAGGUGAAGCUGAAGUUUCCGUUGGUUGCCAACUAUGCCGACGCGGGGAAGCUUAUGAUGGGUCGUUUUGGCUAUGAGCUUGUCACUUUCAUGUUGGUCCUGCAGCUGCUGUUCCUCACGGGCUCCCACACCCUCACCGGUACUAUUGCUUUCCAGAACAUCACGCAGAGCGAUGUCUGCUCCGUCGUCUUCGCCGUAGUCUCCGCUGUUAUUCUGCUGUUGGUCGCCGUUCCUCCCAGCUUCGCAGAAGUCGCUAUUCUCGGAUACGUCGACUUUGCCUCCAUUAUCCUCGCCAUUGGCAUAACCAUCAUCGCGACCGGUGUCGAGUCCACCAACGCCCCCGGCGGGCUGGCGGCUGUUGAUUGGUCUGCCUGGCCUAAGCCGGGUACUACUUUUGCGGAUGCCUUUGUCGCCUUGACCAACAUCAUCUUCGCCUACAGUUUCGCCAUGUGCCAGUUCUCCUUCAUGGACGAGAUGCAUACCCCCAAGGAAUACAUCAAGUCUAUCUGGGCCCUGGGAAUUGUGGAAAUCGUCAUCUACACCCUGACCGGUGCCUUGGUCUACGCCUUUGUCGGUUCCGGCGUCGAGAGUCCCGCGCUGCUUUCUGCAGGAAGCCUGAUCAGCCGCAUCGCGUUCGGCGUCGCCCUGCCCGUCAUCUUCAUCAGUGGCUCCAUCAACACCGUCGUCCUGGGUCGCUUGGUUCACGGUCGCAUCUACAAGAACUCGCCCAUCCGGUUUAUCAACAGCCCGAUGGGCUGGAUUACCUGGUUGGUCGUCAUCACCAUCGCCACCAUCGUCGCAUUUGUCAUUGCGGAGGUCAUUCCCUUCUUCGACGACCUUCUGUCCAUCUCCUCGUCCCUCUUCAUCUCCGGCUUCACCUUCUACUUCCCCGCCCUGAUGUGGUUCCUUCUCCUCAAGGAGGGCAAGUGGACCGAGCCCCGCAACCUGGCUCUGGGAGCGGUCAACAUCUGUGUGUUCUUGAUUGGUAUUGUGGUGCUGGUGGCUGGUACCUAUGCCAGUGUCACUGAUAUUAUGAACAACUACAAAGCCGGAACAGUCCGGGGUGUUUUCACCUGCGCCAAACCGGAAUAA